GUGUCGCUUGUAAGGCUUGGUUUCACGUUCUUCUUACAAUGACGAAAUUCCUUGUGUUUCAUCUGGUCGUUGUUAUCUCAGUUUUACAAGUCGAAAGCGGUGUGGAUUGUCCGGACGGGUUCGAGGUUCACCAGGGUGCCUGCUACUUCUUCAGUCAUGGAGUAGAAACAUGGACCGGUGCUUACGCAAGCUGUGAGAUACUCGGUGGACACCUGGCCGAGGUUAAUGACGUUAUUGAGGGCAAAUACUUGUCAGGAAGGGUCACGGCACUAGGUGAGGAAUUCUGGAUCGGUCUUGAAGACAAGGCGGUGGAAGGGGAGUGGAUGUGGGCCUCUUCGCGCACUAUGCUGGAACCAGACGCGUACACUAAUUGGGGACCCAACGAGCCUAACGGUGUGUCUAGUGAAAACUGCGUAUUUUACCACCCGUCGAGUAAUUCAUAUUGGGCCGACGCUGCAUGCACUCGGGCACAAAAAUACAUUUGUGAGAAAAUGUGAGAAAAGCCCCAAUGAAGAAAUCGUUGUUGGUUAAAACAAACGUGUUGUUGAAAUAAAGGUACUAAUAGAAA